CACAGGGCUCCCGGUCCUAGCAACAACGACAAGCUUUUUGGUCAGUCUAAUUACUUUCCUCAUGAAACGAAGAUUAUGGAGUCGCAAAACGGGGAUUUUAUUUGAUGAUUUUGAUAGACAAUGGCUUUUUUACCCAGAUCAAGGAAGACAUUCGGGAUCCCUGUUCGGAGGCAACCCGUCCCUGAGGUUUUAAUGGACACGAGAAGCUUUGUUCGACAGGCGCCAUGUUUAUUACCACAUAGAACAACAAACACUGUUCAACAGCGCCUUUGGUUGGAUAUCACCGAGCUAGAUACGACCAAUAUAGAGCACAAGGACGAGCAAUAUAACAGCAAUAUGUGGAAGAAUUUUAAGUUCGUUCGAUCAAAGCAGAGCGCAGCAGAGAGUUCGAAAACACUCAGCCCCCAGCCAAAAGAACGAAUUCUGAAGCAGGGAGACGCUCGGCUGAUAGACAUGGAAACAGAUCACCAUGUGCGUGGUAACAUUGCUGAUAUAUACCCUUUAAAAGUACCGCAUCCUUCAAGGAUAGGUGACAACACUUACGAUAAAUUCUUAGGUGAGGCAAAAUUGACUGAGAGAAAGCGCAAUCGAAUCGCUCGUCAACUACAGAAUUCGCAAGAUUUUCGGAUCAGACAAAUGAAGAUUCGAAGCGAGUGCAGGGCCCCUCCCCUUAACUGGGAGGGGGAAAUUGUCCCCCCACAGACAUUCCGACGGUACCCACACCGGUUUAACUAUGACCAAGAAGAGGAUGAACAAAAGCUCUCUUACAGCUAUGUGUCGAAAAACACCAGACCUUAUACCGGAUCACCUGGGUCCGAGUAUCAACGGUAUGGUACCCCCUGGAAGGAUGGUCUAAGAGGGAGAAAACCACCCCCUUAGAAAUACAGUUUGAUGGAAUGUGUAUGAGCUAGAGUAAGAGGUCUGCCAGCCAAAACACCAGACCUUAUACUAGAUCACCAACAUCUGAAUAACAGUAGUGCAGGACCCACAGAAGAAUGGUUUAAGAAUCUGCCUGGCCUAAGACACCAGACCUUAUGAUAAACCUGGGGUUAGAGUAUCCAUGUCAGCUUGGAAACCCCUGAAUGGAUGCCCCUUCCCUAGAAUACUGAAAGCCUCCUGGGAUAAAUCCUACCUCUAAAGAGCCUCAUGGGAAGUGCUACACAUCACAGAAUAACAGUGGCAAUUACAGGGGAGGGGAUGUGGGUUGCACACCGCCCCUUAUGAGAGAUUGAAAUAAUAUUAAGAGUUACCUUCUCGAUUUUUUAUCUCUUCAAAACCCCUUAUAAAAUAAACCAACCUCAAGCAUUUGAUAUAAAGUAUAUAUGGUGCAAAUAUGUUUGGAGUACCCAGGAAACCAGAGCCUCCAGACUUCUCUCGCCCAAUGACAAUCAGCCAAAUCAUCACAGCAUGUUUGAAGUGAAAGGGAGUGACAAUCUCCAUGGACCUUGAUAAGGAUACCAUUGAUUGUCUUAAGCUUUUUAGUCAUGUUUGACAAAAAUGGAAUAAGACUAAAUACAGUGAGGAUACAAUCUCUGAGGGGUAGUAUAGAGAUCAGCUUUUGAUAUUACUCUGAUACUAUACUAUGAUAUUACUGACUUUACUUUGCAAUGAAGGCAACAAACAGCUGGUUGAAAAUUCUUGUGCCAAGUCAAUAUUUUUUUACAAAUUCAUGUACAGCAUUUCAAUUUUAAAUUUACCUAUUUACAAGCAGAGAAUAUUGUGUGUUCUGUAAGGAAAAUCAGGUUUUAAUAAAAUUAUCACUACCUACAA